AUGUCUGGUGGUUCGAAGACGACCACCAAGCUGGCCUUUACUGGAAAUGGAGUAAGGAUAGAGGCUGGCAGCGGUGGCGAGAACCAGAUUCUCGGCAACAAUGUGGACGACUCGCAAAAGACUCGCAAAGGCUGGCUGACCCGAAUGGUGGUGCUGCUUCACAAGUAUAAGAACAGCGACUUCGCUGGCUUGGAGGCCGACAUGAAGUGGUACCAAGAGCACCAUGCUGUUGUUCCUGCGAUGAAGCACCUGGAGCGCUCCAGAAGCAUGGGAAGGAGGUCGCCUAUGGAUAUUACAGCUGAGUCUGUCGAUGAUGGGCGAAAAAAUGAAGGAGGUGCUUGGUUUUCGAGCCUGUAUAGGCUGUGUAGCAAGGGCAAAAGCCUGUAA